AUGGAAGAGUUUCGACUAUCCGAAAAGGAUAUCAUUCUCCGUCUUCUUAAUGAAGUCAGCAAGGCCAGCGUGACAUUGCCGGCCAGCAUCAACGUCGAACUUCCAUUCCUCGACAUUUACGGCGACCAAGAUCCCGGGGUGAUCUUCAAAGACUACGACGAUCACAAAGAAAUUUACUUUCUCACCGAGCUCAAGCCACAACAACAUCCUCAGGGCUCAUAUGUUCGCAAAAGCGGAAAAAGGAGCUGGCAAUACAAGGACGACGAAUCAGACAUCAAAGACCUUUAUGGCAAAAAAAUAGGGACAAGAAAGGGUUUCUUCUACAUGGAGAUCCACUCUAACAGUUCUACAGGUAGUUAUGGAACAGAUUAUUUGAUGAGAGAAUAUAGCGUUGGUGACAAGUUCAAGAGGUGUAUCAGACAAGAUAGAAGAGAUUACGUACUCUGUACUGUGCAGAAGAAGGAUGGCUAUGACGUAGCUCACUUUGCUAAACCUCUGCAAGAAGCUAUCGUCGAUGUCGAAAGGUAUUUGGAUUUGAUUCUUGAAGCAAAUCCACUUGAGUCUGCACCGUUAUUGUAUUCUCCUGUCAAAGCUAUUCUAGCAUGUCUUAAUAGGGAUUCAAAUUUGAAUGAUGAUAAAUGA